AAGAAUCUUUUCAAAACUUAAAAAGACGCAAUACUAUCAACUCUGCCUUCAGUUUUGUUUGUCAUUUUAUUUCGAAAAAGAUGUAUUUUUCCCGGUUCAACCCUACUUUUAAUUCCUAUAGAUGUUUCUCAAGUUAACAUCUAUCAGUCAUGAUCCGUGCUUUUAAGAGCUUAUCUUUAGUUUGUGUCACACAAAUAUACUGAAUGUUUAAUGCUAAGCAGGAGUAGUACUUGUCAAUAAAGUGAUCUUCUCGUGGAAUUCUGAUGAGGCAAGCCAGAAACCACGAGCGGAGGCAGAAAGGAAAAGCCGGGCGUCGAAUUAUGCACGAGUUUCCGAUGUUUUGAUAGGCCAAAGGUUGCUUGAUGAAUAAGUGCAGCACUGAGUUACUGUAAGCCAUGCUACUGUUUCAAGUAAUCUUUCUAUUUGUUGUCGCUGAAUUAAGCUGUCUUCGACAUCCAGUUGUUAAUGGAGAGGGGAAUUUGGCUGAGAUUUCGUCGCAAAAGACUGACCUUCAAACACACAGAACCAAGCGGUGGUUGUGGCCUGGGUGUGGCUUUAUCCCAGGAUGUGAGAAAUGCAACGAUGGACUCAUUUGCAAGAAAUGCAGGACUGUCUUCAUCCCUGUAGAAUACGAAAGGAGCAAAAACACCAUCAUACGAUGCAUUCGCUCUUGUCCCAUGGGCUACAAUAUCACGUCUAGAAAGGGAUAUUCCAAGAUAUGUGUGAGAACAGAGCUUGGUUGUGCUGCAAAACACUGCGACGAUUGUCUCCCCCACAACCCGGUCAGCUGUGCGAACUGCUCAUCGGGAUAUUAUGCACUCCAGAAAAGGAUUAUGGGAGAUGUGAAAUGUGUGAGACAGUGCCCGACUGGCUUCACGUCGACCGUAAAGAAGGAUGGGAAAAAGAUUUGCAAAGACACACAGUCAAAAUGCCAGUCCAAUGUACCCAACUGCGCCAAGUGCCUUGACAGUUUUCGAUGUCGGAAAUGCAGGAAUGACUUGCAUGCCUUUUUUAACAAAUCUGGCAUGGUUUGCGUACGAAACUGCCCGAGAGGCCUUGUCGCCGCAAACUCUAGCUACUUUGGAAAAUACUGCAAGAAAACACUAGUGGAAUGCCAAUCCGUUUUAAACUGUGAGAGAUGUCCUGACAAAAUCAACUGUCGUAGAUGUAAGCCGAGAUAUUUCAGGAUCAAAUUAUCGGCUUUCUCCAACUCGACGUGUGUUUCCACGUGUCCUGCUGGGUUCGCAAGAAAAGGAAGGAGAUGCCAACGGAUUACAGAAGACGGCUGUGGUGACGAAUAUUGUUUGACCUGCAAGGAAGGCUGGUAUCGAGUCAAUUAUAAUAAAAGGCACUGUCAACGCAAGUGUCCCAGAGGUUUCUUUACUCUUGGCGACAAACAAAAAUUCUGUCUCAGAUGCAUAGCCCACUGUGAGGAAUGUGUUAAUGGUUUUGACUGCACCAAGUGUGAGCCAGGAACAUCGAAAAUUGUCCAGGGACUACAUACGACUUGCGUGAAAAGCUGUCCGUUUGGUUACACGAACCAUGGAAACGUGAAAACAGGAAAUGUCUGUUUACUUAAGAGGUAAGUGAAAUGACGCAACCCUAAGGCGUACAUGGAUGGGUGCUGAGGUCGGAAGGUUUCGUAAAAGCUGUACCUAUUAGAAAAAUUGAGAAUGUUAGAAUUGAUCCCAUCAGAUAGCAGGCAACAUUGCCAGUUUGGAGUCAGUUUGGAGUCAGAUUGGGUCUAUGAUGUUCUGAUCGUUGAAGGCAGAGGUCAAGAGCUUUCUUGCUAGAAAUAUCUGGUGUAAAUACUGCUUGGUAAUGGUUCAUAACAAAGCCAGUAUUGC